AUGCCCGGCCGGAAGCGUUCGGCACCACAGAGCGCGGCGGCCAGAGCGCCCGCGGAGCCGCUCUGGCGCACAGAGGACACGUGCUCGCUGCCCAGACCGAAACACCCGGCCGGUGCCGGCUGCGGUGCCGCUCCCGCCGUGCCCGAGCCGAGGCGCUUCGCCUGCAAAAACUACGCGAAAGACCCAGCUAUAUCGCGCCGUUUCACAGGUUCAGCAAAGACUCGGGGACGCUCGCUCCUCCCGGCGCGCGUUCCCGGUAGCGCCUGCAGGCACCGGGCACACGUCCCGCCGGGGCGCAUCGAACGGCGGGCACCGGUAACGGUGGGCUCUGGGAUCGGGCGAAAGGUUCCGAGCCGCCCGUCUCCAGCGGAGCGCGAUGCCACGCCUACGGCCGAGCGGAGCGGAACUACAGCUCCCAGCGGCACCCGCGCGGCCCCGGAAGCGGGGGGGUGGGGCCGGGCGCGGUGCAUUGUGGGCGCGGCGGCGGUGGCGGCGGUGUCCGUCAUGGCGGCGUCCAUCUCGGGCUACACGUUCAGUUCCGUCUGCUACUACAGCGCCAACAGCAGCACCGACCACGAAGGCUUUCUGCUAGGAGAGGUGAGACAAGAAGAGACCUUUAGCAUUAGCGAUUCACAGAUCAGCAACACUGAAUUUCUACAAGUGAUUGAAAUCCAUAACCAUGAGCCUUGUUCAAAACUUUUUAGCUUUUAUGACUAUGCAGGCAAGGUUAAUGAGGAGAGUUUGGACAGGAUUCUUAAAGACCGAAGAAAAAACGUUAUUGGAUGGUACAGAUUUAGGAGAAACACGCAGCAGCAAAUGUCAUAUAGAGAGCACAUCAUUCAUAAACAGCUGACACACAUUCUUGGAGUGCCUGAUCUUGUCUUCCUUCUCUUCAGCUUCAUUUCCACUGCAAACAACUCAACACAUGCUUUAGAAUACGUGCUGUUUAGACCAAACCGAAGGUAUAAUCAAAGAGUGUCACUUACUAUUCCUAAUCUAGGCAACACUAGUCAACAGGAAUACAAAGUUUCUUCAGUGCCAAAUACUUCUCAGAAUUAUGCCAAAGUUAUUAAGGAACACGGUACUGAUUUUUUUGACAAAGAUGGAGUGAUGAAGGACAUCAGGGCUAUAUAUCAAGUUUAUAAUGCGCUUCAGGAAAAAGUGCAGGCAGUAUGUAUAGAUGUAGAAAAAAGUGAACGUGUUGUUGAAUCUUUUCAAGCUGAUGUAGACAAGUUAAAAAGGCAAAUCGCACAAAAGAAAAAUGAAAAAGAGCAAGAAAUAAGAAUGCAGCAAGCAAUUUUAAGCAGGCAAAUGACAACAGAUAACUUGGAACCUAUGUUUGUUCCACGAAUGUCCUACACUGGAUUUGCUGUGGAAGGCUGCACACUUGACGAUUCAGAUGUCUCUGAUCCUCCCCCUCCGUAUUCUGACUUCAGUGCAACUAAUCAAGAAAGUACUGUUGGUUAUGGUCUCCUAGAAAGCAAUGUUUUUAUGCCUCGACCUCAAACAGUAGGUUCUUCCAGUUAUGUUUCCACAAAUGCAGGAUUGAAAUAUUCUGGCAGUGGAGCAUCCAUGCCAUCUUCCCAAAGAGCGGUUGGUGACAAUGUUGAUGAAUCAGAAGACAGUGAUUAUGAAAAUUUGCUUGAACCUACAGAGUCAUCCGACAGUGAAUACUCGCAGACAAGGGAUUCACGACCUUCAGCAUAUCCUGAUGGCGAUUCCAGGAACACUCAAACUUCUCAGAUUUGAUGGGGGGGGAAAUUCACAUGACACUGUUUUUUCAUAAUUGUUACAGACAGAUUUUGGGGAUUUAACCUGGAGGAAAUGAACUACACAGGAUUACUGUGCACACAAAAUGUAGAAGACUUGCACUAGAUGGUUUAUUCACCUUGUGAUACAUUUUGCAAGUUUUAUAAUGGAAUCAUUAGGAUAAUCAAGUUGUACUAAUACUGAUGAGGUUCAUGGAUGUACUGGUAAAUUUAGGCAAGAUGAAAUUCUUAGAGAUCUUGUAGCUUUUGUUGCCGUAUUUUCUUUAAGACAAUAAAUUGGGAUGUAGUAACUAA